AGAUAGGCUAGGAGUUAAUUGAUUUGGAAAACAUCCCAUUUGAUGAUUCGGUUGCUUUAUUAAUAAGCAUUGAGAUUUGCUUUGGGUGGAUUAGUGUACUUGCGAAUACUUUUAAAGAUGGGGCGAUUUUAGCAUGUGAAGAUGUAUGUAGAUAUACCGCGCUGACAGUGAAUUAUAUAGACAUUUAUACGACUCUUUCCAAAUAUAUAUUUAAAAAAAAAACAGAUUCAAAUUGACUGGUUUGUUCAUUAAAGGUACAUGUACUCUUUACAUGAUUUGCCUGCCAAAAUCAAUUUCCUUCGGGGUAAAAAGCGAUUUUCUCCUACCGUCCCUGUAGUUGAAUUCGAUGUUUUAUUUCAUUUCUAAUUUAAUGGUCACGAUUCAGUUCUACAUGACUGAGUGGCCAGUCUUCCUGGUACAUUUUAGAAGGUACUCUGGAAGUCAGCCUGUGACUCUUUGGGAGAUCGAAUAACCGCCCACAGUGUGGAUUUCAUCAUUUUUUCAAUGUGACGCUAUAAGCAAGAAGAGAGGACACCAUCGGGAAGGAAGUUUGAGGCCUUUUUAAAACGAGCGCCUGGACAAGUAUUUGGCUAUAAUAAGAGGACCAGGAUUUCUGUGGUACCCGUUUAAUCUGCAAAUAUAUUGGCAAGCUCUUUGGGUGGAUCGCUAAAACACCUAUGAAGUGACCCCUUAAGUGCCCAAAGGGCGUCCACUGUAUUAUGUAAUCAACUUAACUUCCCAAAAGCAUCAUUAACUACUUCGUUCGCGACACGCCUUUCAUUGUGCGUUUUGUGAACACCUUUUGAAAAUCUCCAGUCUAUGAAUUGAUUACAACUAUCGCUGAUACACAGGCAAACGCCAUUGUCCAAGCACGCCUUUUCUUCUGCGGAUUCACUGAAAUAGCGUUACCGCACGGGUGUAGAAUUUCUCAUAUACACUGCAGUUGACUACGAAACCUGAGAUGCUCAAAGAUGUGGUGAUUGAAAAGACGUGCUGGUAUCCAAUAAUUACCUGCGACAGGAUGACAAUUUUUCACUGAACUGUACAAUUAACUAACCCGUCAAUGCUGGAGGUAAACGCGCCGUCACCUGCAAAGAUCCGCAACAACGUUAAGGGAGGGGAAGUAAGAAGGGGAUAACGGCACCACGUUGAGAGCUACCCGGAUGUUUAGAGCACCGCCAGAAUGAUUUACGAAAAUCAAUGAUUCCAGUGAGUUUAAUCCACAGAUACAAUUUAACUAAGAUGUGGGGAUAAAAUAUACAGACAGCGUUGAGAGAAGAUAAACUAACAUUGGAAAAUCUACGAAUCCACCGGAUAAUGUGAACUUUUCGCUUUUAAAAAAUCAAUUUAUUCGCUAUUUUAACUGAUAAAUUACCAACAUGGAUUCAGUCAAUGUCUCCCGACGCGGAACGAGAGUGUCACAAAACUGCAUGUUUAUCGUUGUGUACUGUCUUCUGGGGGUCCAGUUACUUCUGACCAUGCUGUACUUAUCUCGCCCAUCGGAAGUACAGCUACAGAAGAACCCACCUUGUAUCUGCAAGAACAUCAACUCGCGAGUUGGUUUCGAUUACGAGGACAACCAGAGUGUGUUGAAAGCCAGGAAAAAGUUGGAGGAAGACUGCCAAGAACAUCCCAAUACUUUAGUGGGCCGCAUACAUGUAGACGUGAACGUGACAGCAGACCUCAACGAACAGAAGAAAGCCAUGCCAGACGUGGACUGGGGGGAGUGGAAACCUUCUAACUGUAAACCCAGGCACAAAGUGGCAAUUAUCAUCCCGUAUCGUGACCGUUUGCCACAUCUUAAAGUACAGCUGAGGUACCUCCACCCGUUAUUACAGAGACAACAGGUGCACUAUAGGAUAUUUGUGGCAGAACAGGCAGGAGUAGGCACUUGGAACAAGGGACGCGUUAUGAACGCAGGGUAUAUUGAAGCCGCCAAGUUGUUCGACUUCCAGUGCGUCAUCUUCCAUGACGUGGAUCUAGUGCCGGAGGACGAUCGCAACACGUACAAAUGUUUUUCUUUACCAGUUCACAUGUCGUCGGCGCCAAGCCAGGAUAAUUACAGAACGCGGUACACUAUUCUGGUGGGUGGAGUUAUGAAUUUUCCUCGUGAGGAUUUCCUGAAGCUGAACGGUUACUCGAACGAGUUCUGGGGGUGGGGCGGAGAGGACGACGACAUGGCAUACAGGAUGAAAGCUUCAGCCAUGGAUUUUGAGCGAGUUCCACCGGAGAUAGGUCGUUACACGUCCUUAAUACACGGGGACAGGGAUAAAAAUCCUAGAAGAAUGGCACUUCUGCAAGGCUCAAAGAAACGCCAGGCAAAAGAUGGCGUCUCAUCCUUGCCCUACAGACUUCUGUCCUCAUCCAAUGAAAAGUUAUACACACAUCUCUUAGUCGCCGUGUAAACAAGGGUAUAUAACGAUAAACAAUUAAUGAUUGCUUUAUGUGCCAAGGGGCCCUUCGAGGGUCACGUGCGCUCCAUGGUGACGCCUCGGUCAAGGUCAAGGUUUAUUCGAAGGACGGCAGAUACAUUUUGAUGUCAGUGCUGGAAUGGUUUUAAGGGCAUAACCUCCUGUAAUAGGCCUGCUUUAACAACGAUCAGAAUGAUGUCUCAUCCAAUAUUUUAACAUCGGUAUAUAUUUAUCAGAAUCCACCUCUUCCAAACUGAGAAUGGUUCCUGUUAUGCGUGAUACCAAAUAAUGGUGAAUUCACCACUAUAGUCAUUCUGAUGUUCAUUUUGUAUAUUUUUUAAAACUAAACAUUUGUCGCCAAUGGAAAUAUAUCUGUCUAAGCCUAUCUGCGGUCCCAGGUUUUAACGAUAUAAAGAAGGUUGGUUUUUAUGUAUAGUAAGGGGACGUUGAAAAGAUACAUGGCAGCGCAUUGUUCCUAAUUAACGGAAUAUAUAUAGGCCUACCAAUAAACUAUGAAAUCUUCUGUAUAACCAUA